CUGAUACCCUGACCUGGGACUUCCCAACCUCCAGAUCUGUGAGAAAUAAAUUUCUGUUAUAACAACCAGGCUGACUGAGACAAGCUUGAAGCACCAUAUCUACUGCCAUGACAAUAAUACAAGGAAAUGAGCAAACCAGAGCAGAUGCUGGCCCUGCCCUGUCCCAACCAGGACAGCAAGCCAAUCUACAUUCAUAUAUGUGGAAAGGGUUGGCGGAGAAGUUCCUGAAGGGGGAACCCAAAGUCCUUGGAGUUGUACAGAUUAUGAUUGCUGUGAUGACCAUGAGUGUUGGAGUAACAAUGAUGAGUGUCACAUUGCCAUAUAGGGUGACACAUCCCAUUUCAGUGUACACAUUUUACACAAUUUGGGGGUCAGUCAUGUUUAUUUUGUCAGGAUCCUUCUCAGUUGCAGCAGGAACUAGAACUACAAAAGGUCUGGUACGAGGCAGCCUAGGAUUGAACAUAACCAGCUCUGUCUUGACUGCAUUUGGGAUCAUAAUCAGUGCAACGAGCUUGAGUAUUUAUUCAUUCCAUCAUCCUUACUGUGACUAUAUUACAGGACAUGAUAGUUGCUUCAUGACCACUUCCAUUUUACUGGGUAUGGAUGGUAUUGCUCUCCUUUUAAGUGUGCUGGAGUUCUGCAUUGCUGUGUCCCUCUCUGCCUUUGGAUGCAAAGUAACCUGUUGUAAUCCUAGUGGGGUUGUGCUCAUUAUGCCAACAAACUCACAUGGAGCAGAACCGGUAUCCCCUGCACCAUUUAAAGAAGAUUUAGUGCCAACAGAUCAACAGAAAAAUGUUCCAGAAUAUCUACCCUGAUUGUAAUGCAAGAAUCCCACUUGGAAAAGUAUUAGACUCCAACUUAGACAUAUAUGUAAAAUAAAUUCAGAAUCAUGUUCUCCUUUUUCCCAAACUACUCAAUGAUUCAAUUUGCUGACUCUUUAACAGAAUAUCAGAAGUUGAAUAAGCAAAUCAUACACUUAAUGGGUCAGCAGAAAUUGAAAGUAAAAAAAAAAUCUCUUUAAAGCAGUAUAAAAGAGCACUGUAUUAUCAAAAAAGAGUUGGCAGGGCAAAGGCAAAAAGGUAUUGCUGAGAUGAGGACUAGUGGGCUAUACUUUAUUAAUAGUAUUCAGAAAUGCAAUUCAUUUUAACAUACUGACCAUUUUUAUGGAAUCCUUUUUUCCUUAUCCACAUUUUUAUCAACUAUCUUUUUCUUUUAACUUGAAGAACUUUAACAUUUAUUGUUGUGAAAUUUUUCUGGCAUUACAUUGUUU